GGGCCACGGGCGCUCGCUCCCGGCCGGCAUUGCCCACAGCGGUCGGAUCUGACUUGGGUCCGGGAAUGAACUGGCAGGCCUUGCGGGGCGCGGUGGCGUAGCUGGGGUCGGAUGCGGGGAGGCUGGUUGAGCCCCUGGCAGGACCCGACCCUGCUCCUCGCCAUCACUGUCAUUGGGGUCACGGUGCUGCUGGUGGCUUUGAAGACCAUGGGCUCCAGGAAGAAAGAGCUUAUCACCUUACAGGACCCUGAUGCCAAGUACCCGCUGCCCUUGAUUGAGAAAGAGCACAUCAACCACAACACCCGGAGGUUCCGCUUUGGACUGCCCUCGCCGGAGCAUAUCUUAGGGCUUCCUGUAGGUAACUAUGUCCACCUCUUGGCCAGAAUUGAUGAUGAUUUGGUGGUGAGGGCGUACACGCCUGUCUCCAGCGAUGAUGACCAUGGCUUUGUGGACUUAAUUAUAAAGAUCUACUUCAAAAAUGUUCACCCCCGUUAUCCUGAAGGAGGGAAGAUGACUCAGUAUUUGGAGAAUAUGAAAAUUGGGGACACCAUUCUUUUUCGAGGGCCAAAUGGGCGCCUGUUCUACAAUGGGCCAGGGACUCUCAGAAUCAAACAAUACAAAACAAGCGAGCCUGAAAAGAAACUGGUCCAUCACCUGGGAAUGAUUGCUGGGGGUACAGGCAUCACGCCCAUGCUGCAGCUCAUUCGCCACAUCACCAAGAACCCCAAGGACAGGACCAAGAUGUCCCUCAUCUUUGCCAACCAGACAGAGGAGGAUAUCUUGGUGAGAAAGGAGCUUGAAGAAAUUUCCAGGACUCAUCUAGACCAGUUCAACCUGUGGUACACCUUGGACAGGCCGCCUCUUGGCUGGAAGUACAGCUCGGGCUUCGUUACUGCCGACAUGAUCAAGGAGCACCUCCCCGCUCCCGGGAAGUACACACUCAUCCUGGUGUGCGGCCCGCCACCCCUGAUCCAGACAGCCGCUCAGCCCAACCUGGAGAAGCUGGGUUAUACCAAGGACAUGAUCUUCAUCUACUAAUGCUUCCCGCGCCCUUCCCACACUUGUCGGGCCCCUUUCAUGUGCUUCGCAACGAGGCUGGCUUCACCACGUUAAUCUGGGAUAUUUUCAGAAAUGCCUCGGCAUUCCCCCUAGCUCUCCUCAAGAUAGGUUCCAAGGGCUGGAAGCAGAGCGUCAUCUGAGGCCUCCUUGUGUGGAGGCUGGGAAGAGCUCCGUUUCUGUAUCUUUCUCCAUGGUUUAGUGAAAUAAACUUAAGCACAUAGC